UUCUUCGGAGCGCCGACAUUUUGUCGCUUUGCCACGGAGUUGGGUGUGUUGUUAUCUGCUGCGUUUGUACAGCCGGAUUGAGGAGGCACCAUGCCUGCCGGGCCUGUGCAGGCGAUGGCGCCUGCCCAGCCAGCGCCACCUGAAGCGAAGCAGCCUGAGGAUGAGCCAAAAGAAGAAACCACACCAGCCAAACCUGUUGUGGGAAUUAUUUACCCACCACCGGAGGUUAGGAAUAUUGUGGACAAGACAGCCAGCUUUGUGGCUAGAAAUGGUCCUGAGUUUGAAGCCCGAAUCCGUCAGAAUGAGAUAAAUAAUCCCAAAUUCAAUUUCUUGAACCCUAAUGAUCCUUACCAUGCCUACUACCGACACAAAGUCAACGAGUUCAAGGAAGGGAAGGCUCAGGAGCCCUCUGCAGCCAUCCCGAAGGUCAUGCAGCAGCAGCAGAGUGCUCAACAGCAGCUCCCCCAAAAGGUGCAGGCACAGGUGAUUCAGGAAACUGUUGUUCCAAAGGAGCCUCCUCCAGAGUUUGAAUUCAUUGCAGACCCCCCAUCAAUCUCUGCCUUUGAUUUGGAUGUGGUAAAGCUGACAGCGCAGUUUGUUGCUCGGAAUGGCAGACAGUUCCUCACCCAGCUGAUGCAGAAGGAGCAGAGGAACUACCAGUUUGAUUUCUUGCGCCCACAGCACAGUCUCUUCAACUACUUCACCAAACUGGUGGAACAGUACACCAAGAUCUUAAUCCCACCUAAGGGCUUAAUUACAAAACUCAAGAAGGAGGCAGAAAACCCCAAGGAAGUAUUGGACCAGGCAUGCUACAGAGUGGAAUGGGCAAAGUUUCAGGAGCGAGAGCGGAAGAAGGAAGAGGAAGAGAAAGAGAGAGAGCGUGUUGCAUAUGCCCAGAUCGACUGGCAUGACUUUGUAGUAGUAGAAACUGUGGACUUCCAGCCCACUGAACAAGGGAACUUCCCUCCUCCCACCACACCCGAGGAGCUGGGAGCUCGCAUUCUGAUCCAGGAACGAUAUGAGAAGUUUGGUGAAAGUGAAGAAGUGGAGAUGGAGGUAGAGUCGGAUGAUGAAGAUGAGAAACAAGAAAAAACAGAGGAGACUCCAUCCCAGUUAGACCAGGACACUCAAGUGCAGGAUAUGGAUGAAGGCUCUGAUGAAGAAGAUGAGAACCAGAAAGUUCCACCCCCUCCAGAAGCUCCAAUGCCACCUCCUCUUCCCCCUACUCCAGAUCAAGUUAUUGUCAGGAAAGAUUAUGAUCCUAAAGCAUCCAAGCCUUUGCCACCUACCCCAGCCCCAGAUGAGUAUCUAGUUUCCCCCAUCACUGGGGAGAAGAUUCCUGCCAGCAAAAUGCAAGAACACAUGCGAAUUGGGCUUCUGGAUCCUCGCUGGCUGGAGCAAAGAGAUCGUUCCCUCCGGGAGAAGCAGACUGAUGAUGAAGUUUAUGCCCCAGGUUUGGAUAUCGAAAGCAGUUUGAAACAGUUGGCUGAGCGUCGUACUGAUAUUUUUGGUGUGGAAGAGACUGCUAUUGGCAAGAAGAUUGGGGAAGAGGAGAUCCAGAAGCCAGAAGAAAAGGUGACCUGGGAUGGUCACUCAGGCAGCAUGGCCCGAACUCAGCAGGCUGCUCAAGCCAACAUCACCCUGCAAGAGCAGAUAGAAGCGAUCCAUAAGGCUAAGGGGCUGGUGCCUGAAGAUGACAGCAAGGAGAAGAUUGGUCCAAGCAAACCCAAUGAGAUGCCCCAGCCCCCACCCCUUUCAUCAGCUCCAAACAUCCCGACAAGUGCUCCACCAAUUGCAUCUGUACCCCGCCCUCCUUCAAUGCCACCUCCUGUCCGCACAACUGUUGUCAGUGCUGUUCCUGUCAUGCCUCGUCCUCCUAUGACUUCAGUGGUUCGUUUACCACCAGGCUCUGUUAUCGCUGCUCCCAUGCCACCAAUCAUACAUGCCCCUCGGAUCAACGUUGUUCCAAUGCCACCUUCUGCUCCACCCAUAAUGGCUCCGCGGCCCCCUCCUAUGAUUGUGCCCACAGGAUACAGACAGGGACCAGUCAGCAGUCCAGCAUUUGUUCCUGCCCCUCCUGUUGCACCGGUUGCUGCCCCAGCACCUUUGCCUCCUGUUCACCCUCCACCGCCCAUGGAAGACGAGCCAUCUUCUAAGAAGAUGAAGUCUGAAGACAGCCUCAUGCCAGAGGAGGAGUUUCUUCGGAGAAACAAGGGUCCAGUCACCGUCAAAGUUCAGGUUCCCAACAUGCAGGACAAGACCGAAUGGAAGCUCAACGGCCAGGUGCUGGUGUUCACCCUUCCACUCUCUGACCAGGUUUCUGUUAUAAAGGUGAAAAUUCAUGAAGCUACUGGGAUGCCUGCUGGGAAACAGAAGCUCCAGUACGAGGGCAUCUUCAUCAAGGACUCCAAUUCUCUGGCAUACUACAACAUGAUAAGUGGCUCAGUGAUCCACUUAGCACUCAAAGAAAGAGGAGGCAGAAAGAAGUAGUACCCCUGUGGCAAGAAGUUGUCAUAUUGGUGCAGCUCUGGAGUAGUAUCAGCAUGGAGUUCCCACUCAGACUGGAUUUUGGACCUUAAUUUUGUAUCUGGUAGAUCCUGGGCCCUGAGAAAGUUGGUUUUGCCCAUGCAGUAGCUGUGCAAUUGUGAGCUGAUAAUGUGUAAAGCUGAACAGCUCAUGCUAUAGUCAAAAUGCUGCCAGAAUUAUCCCUGUGUUGAUAUUAUUGCCAGUGAUUCUCCCUUUGUGGAUGAGGCCUUGCCUAGCUUUGAUCUAAUUCCACAGUGUUUCACUUUCGGAGGGUCUUGCGGGCAUACAAAGAAUUUUACCUGUCAGACGAAACAUUUCAGUUAACCUUCUCAUACCAAGUAAUUUUUUAAAACCAGCGUAAUAAAAGCAUUCAUUGUUUUGUGCAGGAUAUGUGAUUAGGGUUGCUUUGGAACAGCCAGAUGGAAGAGAGGGAGUAAACCAGGUUUCUGGGUCAUACCAUAACUUGUCAGCCCACCUAUUGCAACUCCUCCAUUUGGAAGCAGUUUGCUAUGAUGUACAGAGAGGACUGCUAUUUAAAGAUAAACAUCUUGAAACUUAUGGAAUCAAUUUCAUUGUUUUUGGAUCUUGGUGUUUUAAAAAUAUGUUUAGAUUGAGAUGAAUGAGCCUCGAGGGGGUGAGCUUAGCUUGUGGUCAUGUGCUAGAAUCUUCAAUUUUUGCUUCUUCUCCCAUCCCAAAUGGUUUUGAAAAUUUGUUUAAUGUGAAAGCAACAAUAAAAAGAAACAAGUAACAUGUCCAACUAUAA